ACAGAGCAGAGCGAUCAUCCAAAUUGAAAUCACUUCGAAAUCGACCUCGGUACUGUGAGCAAGGGAACUCGCUUUCCACGAUAUCAAGUAGGCAACGUAGUUUGUUGACUGGCAGAGAAAAUACCUACAAAUUGGUGUACUGACAGAAUAUAGUACUCUCUAUUUCAUUUUUGUAUUUGUAGUGUUUUGUGGAAUACGCGCAACGGAGCGGCGACGACACGGCAGCUCCUUGUCUGAAACUCUGAAUCUCAACACUCUAGACGACUUGCACACUACAUCCCCAGUCGAAUUUUGACUGUGGAACGGUACGAACGUUUCGUGUAGCGGAUAAAUACCUACAUACAGAAUUUUUUUAUUUCAUUCCGGUGGCGGUACUAAAAACCUGUUUAUCCAGGUAACAGUGAAUAAACAAAAAACAAGCAAAGAUACUUGUAAAAAAAAAAUUUCUUUUGUGUUGGAUAAAAUAGUGUUGUACUAAGCCAAGCGAGUUCAGUGUAAAAUACGCUGACUUUGCAAUGUGAAAAAACGCCAAGAAAGAAAACAAUUAUUCCAAGACACUGUGUUGGAAUAAGAAAGAUUAAUAUAAAUAAGAAAACUGCAUUCCAGUGAACACGUGUUUCGCGAUUGAAUCCAUUCAACUACCGCGAAUGGUUCGUUGAUCCAAUUAACGCCUGUGUUGGGCGCGCAAAAUUAAAUCCGCGCUAGAAAAUAUAAAUACAGUUGGUCUAUGAAUUCUUAUUGGUGAAUUAUAAGAAACAAAAACUAAUUUGAGAGAAAAAAAAACACAAGAAGGAGAAAGAGCAUCAUCUGUCCGGUUAAUUAUGAUGGCACUUGACGGCAAGGCAAUAAUAAAAGAAGAAAUAACUGACAAGGACGCAUUCGAAGCCACAGCAACCACAAAUAAUCGACGAAGCAAAGGUGGUAAUGCGUGCAAGGAUAAGUGCCGAACACCAGAUUCACCCGAAAGUGCACGAGCUGUUGCCCCACGUUCACCCAUGUCACCGCAGAUACAUCACUCUAGUCUGGCACCACCUCCGAGACCGAAUCGAAAUUCAAGUUCCUCACCAGUGGUGAAUGGUGCCACAACCACACCCCCACCGCCACCCCCAUCCACGGCACAUGUUGAGCAAGCAAGACUAUUGGGUAAAAUUCGAAAGUUUCUUGGGUCAUUGGUACAAUUGGCACAGGACGUACAUCCAGAGGCAAGUGAUAGAGUUCGAGCAUUGGUUCUUUCAUUUGGGAGCGGUGGCAUCACAAUUGAAGACUUUCGAAUAGCUCUCCAAGAGGCUAUAAAUCUUCCAUUGAGACCCCAUGUCAUUCCAUUGCUCAAGAGUCACAUUGUUUUACUUCAACGGGAGAUAGCCGCAUUAUCCAGAGCCACAAAUCAGACACCUCUCCAAUACGUCACGUCAAAUGAAAAUUCCGUUAUGGAAUUCUCACACAGUCCAUCAGAGUAUCAGGAUAUUUUCCUUCAGCUCGAUGCCUCAGCCAAUAACACAGUUCCAAAUGGCAAUGGUUUGGUCUUCAAAAGGCGUUCAUCAGAUUCCAUCAUGGAUCACCACAAUGGCAGCCAGGAAUGGAAUGAUUACAUGUAUCCAGCGGCGAAGAGAAUGCACACUCUAAAUCCACCUCCGAAUGGCUAUAUUCCAGGUCAACCGGCUUCAUCGUUAUUUGAGUACCCUGGAAGUGCAGCUAGCAGUCAAGGUGAUGGUGGAUUUGGAGGGUUGUUAGAUAAGUCAAGUCACAGAGAAGAUAGGGAAAUGCGUGCAGCUGAAUCUCAACGUGUCAGCCGCAUGGCAGGUGGUGGCGAGGAGGAAUGGAAGAAUAUUCAUACUAUGCUCAAUUGUAUAUCAGCCAUGGUAGACAAAACCAAGCGAGCCAUUACCAUUCUGCAGCAAAGAGGAGUUGAUCCAAUAUCAGAAGUUUCCUCGACAGCUGUUUUGGAUAUUCGUCGACAAACUGAAGAAAAAGUUUCCGAAUUCAAGAGAAAUGCUGAAGAAGCAGUGAAUCAGGUCAAACGUCAAGCAGUCCUUGAAAUUCAAAGAGCAGUUGCUGCGGCGGAAAGUCGAGCUGCUGAAGUGAUGUCCCAGGAACGACUGCGCAUGGAAAAAUUCUUUGCAGAAAUAAGUCGCAAUCCGAAUGAACGAGAUCUAGACAACAAAUCUCCAUCUGUUGCAGCUGGACAAAAUGCUUGUUGGAAUUGUGGACGGAAAGCAACCGAAACCUGCUCCGGAUGUAAUUUAGCUAGAUAUUGUGGGGCGUUUUGCCAGCACAAAGACUGGGAACAUCAUCAUCAGAUUUGUGGCAGCUCAAGAUCUGAUAUCACUGCCGCUAAACAUCCAUCACAAGUAAUUGCCCUAACAGCGAAUAUCCGUGGAAGUCUUGCCCGCACCCCACCCACCCCAUCAACAUCAACGAUAUCAUCACAAUCGACCCAGCCACCCUCGAGUCAAACCAGCUCUGCGUCAUUAGUUCCAAAUGGUUCAACAUCGACGAGCGGCGGAUCCAAAUGACGUAUUCGCAUGAUGAAACCGAAAAAGAAAUAUUUGUGCUAGUCAAAUUAAUAUAUAUAAAAAAUAUAUUAUAUAAAAUAAUUUUUAUUAUUUAUUUAGUAUUUAAUAAAAAAAAUAAAAACGAAAAAAACAAAAUCACUAUCAUUCAAUGUGUAAUCCCUGCACUUUUCAUUCCUAGACUAAAAUGUGUUUUUGUUUGUCUUAUUUUUGUCAUGUGAAAGGAAGGUAGUUGGCACAAAAAAAAACCAACAAAAAAAAAAAAAAAAAACAGCACAAUGCAUA